AAGAGCCGUAUAAAUAUUCGAUUGAAUUUAGGAGUGAGAUCAGUGUAAGACUGCCACCAAAGACUUUAAGAUGAUCAAUUAUCCAGCACUAAUUAUCGGCUUGGCUGGCCUUGCAGUAGUAAUAACCGCUCAUCCGAAUUAUCUACCUAGAGAUUUAUCGGAUGGACGAAUUGUUGGAGGAGAAGAUAUCGAGAUCGAGGAUGUGCCUUAUCAAGUGAGCGUCCUGGUUCGAGGACGUCAUAAAUGCGGCGGGAGUAUAAUAUCGGACUACUGGGUUCUCACAGCCGCUCAUUGUACUCAAUUUGCCCAACGAAUGUAUUCUGUUCGUGCUGGAACUGUGUGGAAGGACCAGGGUGGAACCAUUUACGAAGUUGACAAAGUGGUUAAUCACGAAAAUUACCGACUAAUAUUCGAUAUUCCAAUGGAUGACAUAGCGCUACUUCGAUUAGCAACACCUUUUGUCUUUGGAGACGCUUGCCAACCCAUAGAUUUGCCCAAUAAGGGUGAAAAAGUUAAACCCGAAACUCAGACUGUCGUCACUGGAUGGGGCGAUACAAAGAGCUUCCCCUUUAAUGGCCGACUUCAAAUGGUCGUUAUUCCCACAAUUAGCAUCGAAAGUUGUCAGGAAGCUUAUGAUUUCACAAAGAUUCCAGAUGAAGGAAGAAUUUGCGCGAUGACUCCAGACGGUGGUAAAGAUGCUUGUCAAGGUGAUUCUGGUGGUCCAAUGGUGGUUGAUAAACGGCUUGUUGGGAUCGUAUCUUGGGGCGUUGAAUGCGCUGUUAAAGGAAAUCCCGGAAUUUAUACGGAAGUUCAACACUACCGCGAUUGGAUAGAACUAAUUACUGGAUUUUAAUUUUAGUUUUUUUUGUUACAACUUGUAGAAUAUAUUUUUAUAAUAAAAAUUUUUUUAUAAUUAACGUUUUA